AUGUUAUCGGAAAAAGGCAAGACGCAGCCCGAGGUCACAGAUCUGGCACAUAUCACGGAAGAUGAAGAGUCAUCUGGAAUACACUCUACCUUUGCUGUAAAAAGUAAAGUGUAUAGCUGUCUCCAAGUUCUCGGUGCUUUCUUUAUAUUCUUCAAUGUCUGGGGCCUCAACCUCGCAUUUGGGACAUUCCAAAGCUACUAUGCACUCACCUAUAUCCCAUCAUCGACAUCAUCUGACAUCGCCUGGAUUGGAACGAUUCAAUCCUGGCUCCUAAUCGUCGGCGGUCUACUAUCCGGCCCACUUUUCGACCUUGGCUACAACCAGAGCAUGAUUCUCGUCGGCAGUACCCUAGGUGUAGUCGGCAUAAUGAUGCUCAGUCUUGCACAUGACUACUACGCCAUAUUCCUAAGCCAGGGGGUCUGCAUGGGCCUCGGAUUCGGACUGCUUUAUGUCCCUGCUAUUGCAUUGGUCAGCCGUUCUUUCACAACAAGAAGGGCUGUUGCGCUAGGUAUUUCGAGUAGCGGUGCGCCUGUCGGGGGUAUUAUCUAUACAACGAUGUUCAACCAGCUUAUAUCAAAGGUUGGGUUCGCCUGGACCGUCCGCCUUGUGGCGUUCUUGAUGCUGGCGCUGUUCAUCGCGGCUGCUAUUAUGCUUUUGUGGCCGGAGAGACAUGCAGUGAAGGUUAAAAAUACCCAGCGCAGGAGCUUGAUUGAUUUGCGCGCAUUGAAGGAUUUGCCUUUUUGGAGCUUUGCUAUCGGGAACUUUUUUCUUUACCUUGGUUAUAUCACGCCUUUCUAUUACAUUCCGACUUACGCGGAGACAAAACUAGGUACAUCGCGCUCAAUGGCCUCUAAUAUCUUGAUGAUUUCCCAGGCUUCUUCGGUUAUUGGCCGUGUUGUCUUGACUUUGUUCGCUCAUUACUAUGGGUCGAUGAUUGCUUGGAUCAUUUGCGGUAUACUCUCAGGCGUUCUGUGUAUUUGUUGGAUCAGUGCAGACAGCCUUGCCCGGUUUGUUCUUUUUGCUGCCUUCUAUGGUGGUAUCUCCGGGGCUUUGAUUCCUCUGCCGCCGAGCGUUUUCACUCACGUCUGUCCCGAUCCCAAGAGUCUUGGAACUUGGCUUGGAAUGGCGCAAAGCUUGAGUAGCUUUGCGAGUCUUGUGGGACCACCAAUAGCAGGUGCGCUCGCUUCAAUUGGCGCCGAUGGUAGUGCGGAUUUGAACUACUUGGGUAUUCAAUUGUUUAGUGGGAUAGUCAUGUGUUUUGGCGCAUUCCAGCUGAUCUUUUUAUGGUAUUUGCUGUACAAAAAGAGGGGCAAAACUGGUUUAUUUUAA